AUGGAGAUAACACUACUCCUAAAUACCCUCACACCAUUAACACUUGUUAUCCUCCUUACCCCCAUUAUCCUUCCCCCCCUACUUAAACUAAAAAACUCCCCAUCACUAAUCUCCAAAACCGUUAAAACCGCCUUCAUAACUAGUCUCAUCCAAACAACCACCUUCAUUUACUCAGGCACAGACAGCAUCAUUACCUACUGAGAAUGACAAUUCAUUCCAAACUUCAAAAUCCCACUAACCCUCAAAAUAGACUUAUAUUCCAUAAUAUUUUUCCCAAUCGCAUUAUUUGUAACAUGAUCAAUCCUAGAAUUUGCAACAUGAUACAUAGCCUCUGACCCAUUCAUCACGAAAUUCUUUACCCACCUCCUCACCUUCCUCAUCGCCAUACUAACACUCACAAUUGCAAACAACAUAUUCCUCCUAUUCGUAGGCUGAGAAGGAGUAGGAAUUAUAUCAUUCCUCCUCAUUGGCUGAUGACAAGGACGAGCCGAAGCCAACACAGCCGCCCUUCAAGCCAUAAUCUAUAACCGAAUUGGAGACAUCGGCUUGAUCCUAAGCCUAGCAUGACUAGCCUCUACAUUAAACACAUGAGAAAUCCAACAAACUAUUCACCCCCACCAAACACCAACUCUUCCCCUCCUUGGCCUAAUCCUAGCCGCCACAGGAAAAUCAGCCCAAUUUGGCCUGCACCCUUGACUCCCCGCAGCAAUAGAAGGCCCAACUCCAGUAUCCGCCCUACUCCACUCAAGCACAAUAGUAGUAGCUGGAAUCUUCCUCCUCAUCCGAACCCACCCCCUACUAGCCUCAAACAAUACCGCCCUAACCGCAUGCCUAUGCUUAGGAGCACUAUCAACCCUUUUCGCCGCUAUCUGUGCACUCACCCAAAACGACAUCAAAAAAAUCAUCGCCUUCUCCACUUCAAGUCAGCUAGGCCUCAUGAUAGUCACCAUCGGACUUGACCUUCCACAAUUAGCAUUCCUCCACAUCUCCACCCAUGCUUUCUUUAAAGCAAUACUAUUCCUAUGCUCCGGACUAAUCAUUCACAGCCUAAAUGGCGAACAGGACAUUCGAAAAAUAGGAUGCCUACAAAAAACCCUCCCAAUAACCACCUCCUGCCUAACCAUCGGUAACCUCGCCCUAAUAGGCACACCCUUCCUAGCAGGCUUUUACUCAAAAGACCUCAUCAUUGAAAACUUAAACACCUCAUACAUCAACACCUGAGCCCUACUACUGACACUCCUCGCCACAUCCUUUACCGCAACCUACAGUAUCCGCAUAACCACCCUCGUCCAAACAGGACACAACCGCUCCCCAACAAUCACUCCAAUCAACGAAAACACCCCUCUAGCCAUUCUCCCAAUUAUCCGACUAGCAUUCGGCAGCAUCGCAGCGGGCCUACUAAUCUCAUCCCUUAUCCUCCCUACAAAAACACCCCCAAUAACUAUACCACUUAUCACAAAAACCACCGCCAUCAUUAUCACAGCCAUAGGAAUCAUUCUCGCCCUAGAACUCUCAACCGCAACCCACACCAUAACCCCACCUAAACAAAACCCCCUCAUAAACUUCUCCUCCUCAUUAGGCUACUUUAACCCCCUAGCCCAUCGAAUCAGCCCCACAAUCUCACUCUACACCGGACAAAAAAUCGCCUCACUUCUAAUCGACAUAACAUGGUACAAAAAAAUAGGCCCAGAAGGACUCGCUAACCUACACCUCAUCAUAACCAAAACCCUAACUACAACCCAUACAGGCUUAAUCAAAUCAUACCUAGGAUCCUUUGCCCUCACAAUCCUAGCAACAAUCCUACUAAUCCAGAACAAAUAA